AUGGCCGAGUAUCUUGCUUCUAUUUUCGGUACCGAAAAAGACAAAGUUAAUUGUUCAUUUUAUUUUAAAAUUGGUGCAUGUCGUCAUGGUGAAAGAUGUUCUCGUGUUCAUAAUAAACCAACAUUUAGUCAAACUAUUCUCCUAAAAAAUCUCUAUCUUAAUCCGAACAAUAAUGCUAUUCCAAAAUCAGAGGGUGGUUUUGUUGAACAAAUCAAUGAAAAUACUUACACAGAUGAACAAAUUCAACAACAUUUUGAUGAAUUCUAUGAAGAAGUUUACACUGAAGUUGAAGAUAAGUAUGGAGAAAUUGAAGCAAUGACAGUUUGUGACAAUCUCGGAGAACAUCUCAUUGGAAAUAUUUAUAUUAAAUUCCGUUUUGAAAAAGAUGCAGAACGAGCUGUUACUGGUCUUAACACACGAUGGUUUGAUCGAAAACCAAUUUAUGCCGAAUUAAGCCCAGUGACGGAUUUUAAAGAAGCAAGUUGUCGACAGUAUGAAUUGGGCGAAUGUAUGCGCAGUGGUUUUUGUAACUUCAUGCAUAUUAAAACUUUAUCGCCUGCAAUAAAAAAACGUAUUCGUGAACGUCGAAAAAGAUCACGUUCACGUAGUCGUUCUCCAUCAAACCGUGAUCGUCGUCACUAA